AUGAAAACCGCGCUCCUCUGCACUGCCUUGGUUACCCUAGUUACCCUGGUCUCGCCUGCUGCUGCCGCCGACGAUGUUUGCAAGGGCCAUACAGGCAAGGACACAGUUGGCAAACCGUUUGCCCAUCCAACAAUCUGCGACAAGUUCAUCACGUGUGGGUCUGACAACAAGCCCUAUGUUGGGGACUGCCCGGCCGGGACUUAUUACGACACCAAGCUGACGACGUGUACCCAGGGCGCAAAGUCGGCGUGCGGUGACCGCAAGGCCCGGCGCCCAGUAGCAUCAGCAGCACCGGGCUGGCGUAGCAAGGUGCAGCAGUCGAUUCUGGCAAACCGGCGAAACCAGCUUGUUCUUGGGCUGGUGGUGAUGCUUGUUAUCUUGCACGGUUUUCUGCUGCCAUUCAGCGACUCGCAUCCGCCGCCGCCGCCAGAGCUCGCAGAGCUCGCAGAGCUGGGCGAGGACACAACCGGCGACACGCCACCCGCGGCCGGCCCCAACAGCCCCAGCGGCGGCAACAGCCGAGCCAGCAGCGGCGGACUCAGCAAGCUCUGGAACGGUGUGCUCAGUCUGGGGAAGCAUGGCCCACAGCCUACCUGCAGUCAGCUGCCAGUCCCGGACGACUUUUGGUACUUGUCGGGACCGCCGACAGUCAAGCUGGCUCCGCUCAAGCGGGCGCUGAGUCCUGGUCGACAGCGUCUGCGUGCGCGUGGUGCCAAGCUGAAAGCGACACCGGAUUUGCGUAACCACGACCGCGAAAGCGUGCACAUCUAUGAGGCCGAUGGCAUUCUGGAGCACCGCAAUGCAGAAUGGAACCCUGAGAUUCCAAUGAAUCCGCUUCCCUACGAUGCCGAGCCGCUGGAGGUCAGCGGGGAGAGCAAAGUGACGGUUGUUGACGACCCAGAGAGCCCAUACAGCCUGCAUAACUACUUAUCGCUGCCACUAUGCACUCGCGACCUGCCAUUCAGCGCAGCGGUUGUCCCAGGGUCGGACAAUCACGGCAGGGUCUGGCUGCCGUACUCGUGUCGGAUGCGCCGUGUUCCUUACGAGGAAUUCGUGGGCUGCCUCCGUGAAAAGUACCCGCUGACGCACUGGUAUGGCGACUCAAACACGCGCCGCUCGUUGAAGAAGAUCAGCACGCUGGGCAAGUGGUGCAGUCUGCCCGAGGAGCAGUUCACGCGCGAGUGCAUCUGCGAGGACCAGCGCGAGCCGCUGGGCGGCAUGAGCGACACCAGCGAGUACGAGUUCCGGCCGGGCAACAUUGGCCACCACGGAAACGACAGCGUGCGCAUUUUCUUCCACAAGUGGGACGGCCUUGUCACAAUCAACAAGCCGCAUUGGGACAUGGACAUGGUGCCCGAGUAUAUCAACCCGUACGGCAGCCCGGAUCUGCUGAUUAUUGCGCUGACCAACUGGGACGCGGCGUUUUCCACGUUUGUCGAGUUCUCGCGCGAGCUGUCCAAGAUGAUCCAGCGCGUCGACGGGAUGUACGCCAACUCGACUGAUAUCUUGAUCCGCACAGGCCAGUACUUUUGCUGCAGCGCAGACAUGACCUCCUGGCACCGCCGCUUCACGCGCGACCGGAAUAGGCUCUUUGACAAGCAUGUGCUCGACCAGUUCCGCGACUACUUUGGCGACCGACGCAAGGUCUCGCUGUGGGAUGUCGCAUCCGUUACCGAGUCUCGGCCGCUGAGCGCCCGUAAAGAAGCGCAGACAUGUGUGUCCAACCAUGUCAGGUCAGAGGUGGUUGAGGUCGAAAACCAGCUGCUGUUUAAUGCAAUGUGCAAUUGGCGGGCAGAUGACUGA